AUGGAGCCCAUAUUGAUGAUCUUUGUUCUUGUAUGCGUGCUUCUGUUUUCAGUUUUCUUCUGGCUGCAUUCAUGGAUUUCACCAAAAGCAAUGGAGGAAAUUCCAGGAAGCUUGGGCUGGCCUAUUGUUGGUGAAAGCUUCCAAUUCAUCUCUGAAUUUUCAAGUCCUUCUGGUAUAUACAGCUUCAUGAAAAAGAGACAAGAAAGAUAUGGAAAGGUUUUCAAGACUUUUGUCCUGGGGAGAUUCACUGUGUUCAUGACUGGAAGAGAAGCAAGCAAAAUCUUGUUAACAGGAAAAGAUGGGAUGGUGAGCUUGAAUCUUUUCUAUACAGGGCAACAAGUACUAGGCCCUACAAGCUUGCUCCAAACAACCGGAGAAGCACACAAAAGGCUCCGGCGACUGAUUGCAGAACCUCUAUCAGUUGAUGGGCUGAAAAAAUAUUUUCAUUUCAUCAACACUCUGGCAAUUGAAACAUUAGACCAAUGGCCUGGAAGAAAAGUAUUUGUCCUGGAAGAAGCUUCUACAUUCACUCUCAAGGUAAUUGGAAAUAUGAUAAUGAGCCUAGAACCCACAGGAGAAGAGCAGGAAAAGUUUCGUUCAAAUUUCAAAAUCAUUUCUUCUUCAUUCGCUUCCCUGCCAUUCAAGAUCCCUGGAACAGCUUUUCAUAAUGGUAUUAAGGCUAGGGAUAGGAUGUAUGCAAUGCUAGAUUCAAUCAUUGCAGAUAGGAGAAGUGGCAAAAGCUUCAGACAAGAUUUCUUAGAAGCACUGAUAAUGAAGCAUACGAAAGCAGGGAAUGCAGAAGAUUCAGAUAAACUUACUGACAAACAGCUCAAGGACAAUAUAUUAACUCUGCUAGUUGCAGGUCAUGAUACCACAACAGCUGCUCUCACCUGGCUCAUCAAAUUUCUUGAUGAAAAUCCUCGAGUUCUUGAACAACUUCGAGAGGAGCAUAAACAAGUCCAGUCAAGAAGAACAGAAGGAGCAAAUCUUACAUGGUCUGAAGUUAAUAACCUGCCUUACACAAACAAGGUAAUCAGCGAGACUCUUCGAAGGGCGACAAUUUUACCUUGGUAUUCAAGAAAAGCUGCUCAGGACUUUGAAAUUGAUGGAUUUAAGAUCAAGAAAGGCUGGUCAAUCAACUUGGAUGUUGUCUCUAUUCACCAUGAUCCAGAAGUUUUUCCUGAUCCCCAAAGGUUCAAUCCCACCAGAUUUGAUGAACUCAUAAAGCCUUACAGCUUUCUUGGAUUUGGUAGCGGACCUCGUAUGUGCCCUGGAAUGAACCUGGCCAAACUGGAAAUCUGUGUCUUCAUCCAUCACCUGGUCACCAGAUACAAAUGGAGACCUAUGGAGAAAGAUGACUGUGUCCAGCCAACACUAGUGCGGAUGCCAAAAAACAAGUAUCCAAUUAUUGUUGAACCACUGUAAAUCUCCCACAGGUGCCGCCAGCUUACCAAGCAUAGGUAGAAGGGAAGAAAUAAUUUCGAACCACAUAAAAUAGGAGAUUAAAUAGCACAAAUCUAAAAAUGGAUGUGACAUUUUGUUCAAGCAUGAAUGUAAGAUCUAGCAUAUGACAACAAGUCAUAUUAUGUCUUCUCUUGAUAUAACAAUGUUUAAUUUUGCAUUGCAAGAAUAUAUGAAAUUUUAAUCA